CUAGGGAAGCAAAGCAGCCGCAGUGGCUGCGAGGCGGGGACGCGCGUGACGAAUGGAGCGGGUUUUGGCCGAAGCGCUGCUCUCUCAGAGCCAGGACCUCCGCGUCCUGCUCCGGGCGCUCUGUGUCUGGGAGUCCCCGACCCCAGCGGAGCGCGUUGAGACGUUACGGUUCCUUCUCCAGCGUCUCGAGGAAGAGCAGGAGGGUGGCGGCGUCACGAGCUCGCGUCCCGCGGCUCCGCUGCUGCAGGAGGCGGUGCGUGAGGUCGCGACGGGGCACCUCGUGCCGCUGCUGCAGGGUCUGCGGGGCAGCCAGGCAGGGGCGCCGGCCGGGGAGUCCUCGGCGCCUCGCGACCGCCGGCGCCGCGUGCUGAGGGCGGCGGGCGGAGCCCUGCGCUCGUGCGCCCGCCUGUCCGGGGGCCCCCAGCUGGCGGCAGGGCUGGUGCACGAGGCGCUCCUCGACCUGCUCGCCCUGAGGCCCUCGGCGGGCCCGGAGGAGGAGAAGGAAGAGGAGGCCCGGGCAGCUUCGGGGGAGCGCGGCGGGCUGGGCGCCGAGGAGGCCGUGGAGGUGCUGGUGGCCGUGGGCCCCUGCUUGCGGCCGCGCGAGGAUCGAGCGCUGCUGGAGCGUGUGGCCCGGGUGGCGCUGGCCGUGGCGCUAGGGGACGAGGACGACGAGGAGCCCGGGGUCGCGGCGCUGGUGGCCGGGCGGCUGCUGCCAGCGCUGGGUCGGAGCAGCGCUGUCGCUCUCCGAGCGCUGUGGGACGGGCUCCUGCCCCGACCGGAGGAGGAGGAGGAGCCGGAGCCAGGGGGGCGGGGCCCAGUGCCCCACGCGCCCCGCGUCGCGAGGCUGCUGCUGGUGCUGAGCGCCCUGGCGGAGAGGUUGCUGCCCACCCCGGGCGUGGGCGGAGCUUGGGGCGCCCCCGAGGAGGAGGUGCCCGAUGCGUGGCGCUGCCAUGGCUUCUGGAGGGCGGUGCAGGCCGGCCUAGUGCACGCGGACGGGCUGACCCGCAAGAGAGCCCGCUAUCUGCUGCAGAGGGCGGUGGAGGCUUCUGCGGGGCUGGGGGCCGAGUGCAGCUGCAGGGCCCGAGAUGCAAACGAACCAAGUCUGUUUUGGUGGUUGGAUAAGAAAAAAGGACAACUCUUGAAGUUUUGGGAAAACUACAUUUUAAUAAUGGAAACUCUAGAAGGAAAUCAGAUACAUGUUAUAAAACCUGUUCUACCAAAGCUAAACAGUUUAUUUGACUGUGCAGUGUCAGAGGAAAAAGCAUGUUGGCUCCUCCAUCCAUCCUGGCAUAUGUGUAUUUAUAAAAGAAUGUUUGAAAGUGAAAACAAAACCCUGACCAAAGAAGGCAUUAUGCACUUUUUGGAACUCUGUGAAACAAAGGGUCUUCCAGGUGCACCAGGAUUUUCUGAGUUUAUUAUUGGACCACUAAUGGAAGCCCUUUCAGAAAGUUCUUUAUAUAGCAGGUCACCAGAGCACAAGACAGGAAGCUGUUCCCCUUUGGGAAUGAAAUUACAGACAUUUUUAGUCACUUAUGUUUCCCUCCUUUCAGAAGAUAAAAAAAGUAGUUUCCUAUUGAAAUUUAUUAAGAAGAUGACAAGUAGGCAUUGGUGUGCUGUUCCAAUUUUAUUCCUGUCCAGAGCUCUGGCACACAUCCCACCAUGUAAAGUGCUUGGGGUAGAAGGCCUCCUAGCUCUCAGGGAUGUUCUUCAGUGUACUAUGAUCACACAUCAGAUUCUGUUGAGAGGAGCAGCUCAGUGCUACCUUCUUCAAACAGCUAUGAAUUUGAUAGAUGUGGAAAAGGUGUCAUUUUCAGAUGUCUCAAAUUUCCUCAUGUCCUUGAGACAAGAGGAAUCGUUAGGCAGAGGUACUGCACUGUGGACAGAGCUCUGUGACUGGUUACGGGUUAAUGAGAACUACUUUGGAGAAAUCCCCAGCUGCAUUGGCUUUUCUGGCAGGUGUUCCUUAAGGGUCUAUGUACAGAGCCUGGUACAAGACUAUAUUAAGUCACCUACCAUGGAAACGGCCAAUGCAGAAAAGAGAAACUCAGGAGGAAAUUGCUUUAUGCCUGAUUGGUAUGAAGCUAAACUUGUUGCCAUGAUGAUCCUGCUUGCUGCAGAUGUGGAGGAAAUGAAAAAUAAAUAUAGUGAAAGGAAGAAAACACAGAAUGAAUUAAAGGUUGUCUUGCAUCCUCUUAUGGAUGUCCUCAUGAAGCUUGGAACGAAUGCUUACAUACCCUUGCUGAAAACUGACAAAUGCUUACAGUUGUUACUGAAGUUAUUACAAACUUGUUCAUUGAAAGGUUCCCUAACACACGAUGAUGGGGUACUCACUGUUCUUCAGAAUUCUGUCAUGUCCACUGCAGAAAGUAUUUCUGAGUUUCUUGUUAGAAGGCUAACUGCCAAUGAAUUGAGUACUGUUUCAGAUCUAGAACGUUGUCACUUAUACUUAACAAUGUUAUCUGAACUUGUGAAUUUACAUGGGAAGGUUGGUUGGAAAAACAGUGACUCCAUUUGGAGAUUCAUUUCCCUUUUAAAAAAUGCCUCCAUUCUGCAUCUGCAAGACAUAAGUAGUGAAAAGGAACCAAAACUAGGUAAACAGAUUCAGAAAGUAGUUAGUAUGGCGUGUUUGUCAGUGGUCUGUGGGAUCCUCUCCCAGCAAUCAGAUUUGCAUCUUGAUUUCCUAGAUACUGAAAUUUUGGAAAACUUUAUUUCUUCCUUUCACCUCAACCAGAUAGUAAGAAAGCCACAUGCUGAGGAACAAAACAGUUUAUUUGAAGAAUCAUCUUCCCAGGGAUGGGGGAGAGUAGUUGCACAGUAUAUUCAUGAUCAAUGGCUCUGCCUCUCAUUCCUGUUAAACAAAUACCAUACCCUUAUACCAACCACAGAGGGUGAGAUGGAGCCCUUUCUGCAUGUCAUUCCAAAGCCAGUAGGCAUUUUGCAGUCUGCAUUAGAAGCCCUCACUAUCCUUCCUUCUGAUCAAGUUUUGCCAGUGUUUCAUUGCAUGAAAAUACUGGUUCCUAAACUUCUUUACUCCUCGGAAUCACUCUGCAUUGAGUCUUUUGAUAUGGCUUGGAAAAUUAUAUAUUCUUUGAGCAAUACACAACUGAUAUUCUGGUCUAAUUUAAAAGCUUUUGUCCAGUUUGUCUUUGAUAUCAGAGUUCUUGCUGUUGCUGCCAGAAUCAAGGGCCAGGCAUAUUCAAAAAUAAAGGAGAUUAUAUAUAAGAUAAUUGAAAUGUCCACAACAAAGACUGGGGUCUUGAAUAUAUUGAUAAGUUAUUGCUGUCGAUCUUGGAUAGUUCCUACUUCAGAUGAUUUGACUCUAUCCCAAGAUCCAUUUUCAAGUGCUAGGGAUUAUAUUGAACUUAUUAUUGAAGGCUGCAUCUUUGGAACUGUGUUCAGACGAGAUCAAAGGCUUAUACAGAAUGUACAAACCUUCAUAGAAAAUCUUGGACAUGGAUGUGCAGCAAAUGUUGUUACAGAAAAUACUAACAGAGAUGACCAUUAUGUGAGAGUUUGCACUAUCAAAUUCCUUUGUUUAUUGGAUGGAUCAAAUAUUUCCCACAAGAUGUUUAUAGAAGAUCUUGCAAUCAAGCUACUAGAUAAAGAUGAACUGGUAUCCAGGUCUAGAACACGCUAUUAUGUGAAUUCUUUGCAGCACAGAGUGAAAAAUAGAGUGUGGCAGACUCUACUUGUACUGUUCCCCAAAUUUGACCAGAACUUCUUGGAUCAGAUUAUUGACAAGAUUUUUGAAGCAGGGUUCGUUAAUAACCAAGCAUCCAUAAAAUAUUUAAUAGAAUGGAUUAUUAUAUUGAUUCUUCAUAAAUUUCCUCAGUUUCUUCCAAAGUUCUGGAAUUGUUUUUGUUAUGGUGAAGAAAAACUCAAAAUGAGUGUUUGUACAUUUUUAUCAGUUUUGUCACAUUUGGAUAUCAUUAUUCAGAAUAUAUCUGAGAUGAAACCAGUUCUAAAACAAGCUCUUACUGUCGUACUCCAGUGGUGUUUCAACCAUAAUUUUAGUGUUCGACUGUAUGCUUUAUUAGCCCUUAAGAAAAUCUGGGCUAUGUGCAAAGCUUUGCACGUAGAGGAGUUUGAUGCUUUGACUGCUGUUAUAGAAUCCAGCCUUCAUCAAGUAGAAAACAUGCAUGGAGCAGGGAAUGCCAAAAAAAAUUGGCAAAGAAUUCAAGAGCAUUUCUUUUUUGCAACAUUUCAUCCACUUAAGGAUUAUAGCCUAGAGACUAUAUUUUAUACCCUUCCACGCCUUUCAGAACUGGUUGAAGAUGAGUGGAUCACCAUUGGUAAAUUCACAAAAUUCACUGACAUUCCGAUAGAUUCAGCAUUUCAGUGGUACCUUUCUCAAACUGAACUUUGUGAACUAAAACCAAGUGACUGGUCUCAGGAAGAUAUAGGUUCCAACUCAGUUGAGGGAGACAGCCAAUCAGAAUGGAUUGAUGUUCAAAAGAAGAUGAUCCCUUGGAAAAAUAAUGUUCUUGAUUUAGGACUUGAUUUGGUAUUUCAGGAUCGUGCUGCUAAACUUGGAAAAUCCAUUAGUAGAUUGAUUGUAGUAGCUUCACUAAUUGAUAAGCCAACCAAUUUAGGAGGUUUGUGCCGGACCUGUGAAAUAUUUGGGGCCUCAGCUCUAGUAGUAGGAAGUCUUCAUUAUAUCAGUGAUAAGCAGUUUCAGCAUCUCAGUGUUUCUGCAGAACAGUGGCUUCCUCUGGUGGAGGUAAAACCACUUCAGCUUGUUGAUUACUUACAGAAGAAAAAAACAGAAGGCUAUACUACCAUAGGUGUGGAACAAACUGCCAAAAGUUCAGACUUAACAGAAUAUUGUUUUCCUGAGAAAUCUCUGCUCUUACUAGGAAAUGAACGUGAGGGAAUCCCAGCAAACCUGAUUCAGCAUUUGGAUGUGUGUGUGGAAAUUCCUCAACAUGGCAUCAUACGCUCCCUUAAUGUUCAUGCACUUCAAAGACUGGAAGAUGCAGAAAAGAUCUGCACUGGUAGAAGUUCAUCACUGGGAGCUCUCUCUACCAAUGGGAGGAAGGAGCUACAGCUGGAAGUUUGUGAAAAUGAAGUUGUAAUUCAUUUCUAUUCCAGUUCACAAAUGUGCCCCGGGGGGUGGGUGGGGAGGUCCUCCUCCAACUCUUAUCUACAGGACUCCCCCUCCCCUAAUAGCAUCAAGGUUAAGAACAUCUGUUCUAUAUACACCCUUUUCUCUAGGCUUUCAUGACAUUAUUUGUCUGGUUCUUCCCCUACCUGUCCAAUUAUUUGCCAAACCUUGGUUCUAAUACCACCAUAACUCUUGAGUCUGUCCCUUCUUAUUCACACAAUCAACAAUCUUAGUUGAAGCCCUUAUCAACUUUCCCUUGGGUUCUUGCUCCUAGUUGUUUCCUCUCCCUCAUCUCUCCCCUCUACAGUAAAGAUCUUACUAUGUCACUCCCUCCAGUAGCUAUCUAUUGCUUCUAGGAUCAAAGAGAAACCUGUCUAGCUUUCUGAAGCCCUUCAUAAUCUGUCUUCAACCAACCUCCUAAGUCUCAAAUUUUACUUCCCUUUCCACAAGGUAGUCCACCCAAACUGACCUUAUCUCUGCUGGUCACAUGCUAGCCUCAAUCUGCCAUCUAUAUGUAUUAGCACUUGCCAUUUCCCUUGCCAUUAGAAGGUACUCCUCCCUCCUCACCUCCACCUCUUAAAACCCCUCACUCUCUCAGAGACUCAGCUUCUGAAGCCCCACCUUGAACAUGACUCUUUUCCUGAAACCUCAGUCUUGAGUGCUCUCCUUCUGUGGCUUACACCAACCAUGAAUCUUUUAUAACAUCUACUCUGUAAAUAUUAUUUAUUAAAACUGGGGGCAGGCCCCUACUUAUAGUUAAUUGGCAUUUAAUAAAUGCCGAUUAAAGUAUAUGCAGAUGAAUAAAAAAAUAAAUACAAGUCAGUUUAGCUUGGAAGGACCCUGAAGGUUUUUUUUGUUUGUUUUUUUGUUUGUUUGUUUUUUGCUGGGGAGGGGGUGCAGUAGUGGUAGGUGGAAUCAGGAAAAGCUUUGUGCAGAAAAUGAGUUUGAUCUAAAGGAUUCUAAGAGGUGGAGGUGAGAAGGGAGUACAUGCCAGCCAAUGGGGACAGCCAGUGCAGAAGUACAGAAGGGAGAGAAGUGUCAUGUGGGAGGGACAGCAGUAAGGCUAGUUUGGCUAGGCUGGUGUGUGAAAAGGAGAACACUGAAGCUAUAAAGAUAAUUUGGAACCUGGUUGUGAAGGGCUUCAAAGGCCAAAUAGGGGAGUUUCUGUUUUAUCCUAGAGGCAACAGAGAGCCAGUGAUAUUGAUUAAGAAGGGUAGUCACAUGGUCAGUCUUCAUUUAAGGAAAAUCACUGUGGCAGCUGUGGAGUGGGGGAGAGGCUAGAAGCAGGGAGACCAAUUAGAAGGCUACUGUAAUAGUCCAGUGAGAGAUAAUAAGGUCUAAUGUGGAAACACGAUAAACUGUUAAUUGACUCAAUUAUCAAGAAAGCAUAACUUUCAAUACAAAUGAAAAGUUAAUUUAAAUAGUUUUACAAAUUAGGCAAAUAUUUAUGUUGACUUUCAUUGCUGCAUCUGCAGCAUGAAUCUACUGGACAACUUGAUCUUCAACAUUCUGCUUAAUUCUAACAUAAGGUAAAGUGAGGAAACUUAAAUGUGCUUAUCCUAUUCAACAUAAUAAAACCAAAAGUAAAUAACAUAGCAAAGAUGCCAACCAACAAGCAUUUAUUGAAUUCGUACUACCCAGUGGGAGAAUAAAAAGAUAAAAGCGAAACAGUUCCUGCCACAAGGAAGCUUACUCUCUAUUGGGGGAAGACAACAUGCAUAUGCAUCAGUAUCUAAAAUAUAUUAAAAAAAUACAAAGUAAUUUGGGGAGAAAGGCACUACGAGUUGGGAGAGGGGGUAGUGAGGGUCAGGAAUGGCCUCAGGUAGUAUUUGAGCUCAACACUGAAGAAAACUUGAGAUUUUAAGAAGCAAAGGUAAGAAGGUAGUAUAUUCUAUGCAUGGGAAUGAGGGACAGCCAGUGCAAAGCCAAGGAGGUGGAGAAUGGAAUAUCAUGUUUGAUGAACAGCAAGAAUGUCAGCUGGACAGGACUAACGAUUGCAUGAAGAAUAAGGCUAGGAAAGCUGGUUGGAGCCAGGUUGUAAAAGGUUUUAAAUGUCAGAGAGAGGAGCUUGUACUUGUUUCUAAAGAUAAUAGUGAAAUCAAUGAAGUUAGAAGGAGGGGAGUGACUAGGUCAGCCCUCAGCUUUAAGAAUAAUACUUUGGCAGCUGUGUGGAGCUGACUGGGGAGGGGAGUAAGGAGGCAGGGAGAUCAAUUAAUUAGGAGGCUACUGCAGCAGUCCAAAUGAGAGGUGAUAAAAGCCUAGAGCUUGGUGUGUAGUGAUGGCAGAGGUGGGGGACAGAUGGGAGGGUUUUACCAGAGACAGCAUCAAGUACCUCUUAGAGAUAACAUUCCCCAGGAUCAAGUACUUCUUGUUAUUUUCCCUACCUCCUAACUUUCUUUCUUAUCCUUCCACCCCCCAUGCUCUAUAGGGUCAGUGGUAAGCAAGGAUAAUGUUUAGCACCAAUACGGAUAAUAAAGAAUUCAUGGUAUCCCAACAGACUAUACAAUCUUCAGGAAAAUUGUGGAGAAGACUGCUGAUUUUAUAAAAGAGGAAACACCUGAUUUAUCUGUUUAUUAACUACCAUGGCACUUGCUUAAGUGUUGUCCCAGUCUGGAACUAGGCUCAAAUAAAAAUGUGUGUAAUGUGUUUUAUAAGCUUUCAAAGUACUAUAUAAAUGUCAGCUAUUAAGUGGAAAUUAUGAAUUAAGGAGAACUUCAUCAUCCUGUUAAUAGAAUAACAAAUUUAGAGGUGAGUGGAAUUUCAGAAGUAAUCUAGUUCAAUCCCCUUAUUUUAUGGAUGAGGUAACUAAGGUUGAGAAGUGAAGUAACUUAUUCAGGGUCACAAAGUUGCAGAACUUGGAAUGUGAAUCCAAGACUUUUGAAUAGACACCUGGCAAGCUUUUUCCUCUACCACAAAAUACUCUAUUUCAGAAAUAUCAGCAACAAUAUAUUAAGACAUUUUUCAUAAAAUUAACAAGCAUUUAUGAAGUGCUUACUGUGUG